AUGAUAGCAAGUCACCUUUGUUUAUUCGUCGCCCUUCCGCGCCCCCUCCACCCGCCACCGGCCACCCGCCCCACGUCCCGCGCAGUGCACAAGUACCCGUCGGACGACCUGCGCGCGUCGCUGUGCGCGGAGCUCGCCCUCACGGACCGCCAGCUGCAGAUGUGGUUCUCGCACCGCCGCCGCAAGGACCGCAUCCUCGAGAACUCCGUCGCCGCCGCCGCCUCCGCCGCGCCCAAGCCGCCCGCCACAGCAUUCCUGCGCACCGCCGGCCCGCUGGACCAAGGCCCCGCACGCCCCGGCCUCACCACCCCCUUCUCCAUCACCGCCGCCGCCGCCGCCGCCGGCAGCGGUGGUGGAUCCGACGCGGCGGAGUCACUAGCGCCGCCUAGGCUGGGCGGCGAUGCGAAUGCGGAGGCGGGCGCAGAGCAGCCAGGGGGCGGUGCGCGCGUGAGCGGCCUCCUUGCGGGACGCGCGCUCUCCACGGACGCAGCCCCCGGCGCGGUGGCGCGUGCGGGCGUGUUCCGCAUCCCCGCCCUCCCCUCAAAAACUCUCCCCGCGCCUCCUGGCGCGUCUCCCGUCCUCUUUGGCCGCCCCCUCGCCCCCGCGCCUGUACCCGCAGCGCCCCUCCCGCCUGCCCCCGCGGAUUCCGCCGAUGCGUGUGGCAGGGGGGGCGAGGGGAGGGCGGGGGAGGGGUACGUGUGGUGGAACGGGGGGUGCAUGCGGAAGCUGUCAGUGGUGGGCGCGGGCAGGGCGCAGAGGGAAGGGGGGACGGCGGGGGAGUCAGGGCUGAUGGCGCACGAGGAGCUGGAGGAGCAGCACGACGCCAGGGCUGUGCGCGCUGCCAGGGGGCUCGCCUGCUCCGGCGCUCGUGGCGCUGGUCACGCCAGUGCUGCCGUGAGUGGCGCUGCUGCUGCUGCGGCUGCUGGAGGUGCAGUGUUGGGUACCGGCUCGGUUGGUGCUGGUGCAGGGGGUGGUGGUGCUGUGGCGUGUGCUCGCACCACACCUCGGGUCCCUGGGAGUGGCAGGGAGAACGCAGGGGGCGCAAGGGGGAGGGGCGUGCAGGGCGCUCAAGGCGCAAGGGGAGCGGUAGGCAGAUUGGGGGCGGAAGGGGGUGCGUGGAAGGGUGUGGAGGAGCAAGGGGCGCCGUCUGACGCAUACCCUCCUGCAAGCAGUGCGCCAGGUGGCCUUGCCAACGGCCAAUCAGCAUUUGCCAGCUCAGCAGCAUGGCAGAGUGAGCAGAACAGCUGGAGAAGGCAGGAUGGGAGCGGGGAGCGGGCGGCAGGCGGGGAGGGGGAGGAGGGGGAGGACGAGGACGAGGAGCAGGCGGAGGCGGUAGAGAGGGUGAGGAGGGGCAUGGGAGGCGAGUACCGGUUGGAAGGGCCGCCGCUGAGUGCCGUGUUUGACCCCGUGCCCGCCCUGCGCUUCAACCUCACUGUUGGUGCGAUAUGCCUCGCCCUCGCCCCCUCUUGCCACUCCCUGCUUCCUGUUUAUCCCUCCCAAGACGCGCGCCACGACAUCUUGCGCAAGGUGAGGGUGGGUCCAGGCACGGCCCAACAGGGGGCAGGCGAGGGCAGCGAGGAGAAGGGAUUGGGGGGACAGGGCAGGGAGGGACAGACUGGGGAGGGGCUGCAUGGCGCAGCGGAGGUGAGGGCAAGGCGUUGUUCACGUGCCUCGCUCUUGCUCUCCUGCCUCCCUGCUGCUCCCCUCUCCUGCCUCCCUGCUGCUCCCCUCUCCUGCCUCUCAUCGCAUCUGCCGCCUGUAUUUUUCGCUCUCUCUGUCUUCCGUCCUCUCUAUCUCCCCUGCACCCUCCCCUCCCUUUCAUCUGCGAGGCAUGGAGCAGCCCACAGCCAGCACUGCCCCCCCGCCUUCUCCAUUUCCCUGGCCUUCUCCUUCCAUGCGUCCACUAUCACUGCCACCUGCCCUCCCCUGCACGUGCUGGGGCCGUCACACGCGCUCCCCACCCCUACCGCUGCCAAUGGGGCACUGCACCAUACCGCACCUGCCGCACCUGCCACGCCCGCACCACCUGCUGCCGUUGCUGACGGGGCUCCGCACCCUUCCACUGCAGCUGGCUGCGCGGCUGCUGCUGGUCGCGUUGCUGGUGUGCCUGGGCAUGCGGGUGCAGGGCUGGUAGGCAGGGCGGAGCGAGUGACGCACGAGGAGCAAGAGGAGGGGCACGAGCGGGAGGAGUGGGUAGAGGAGGGGAGUGGGGAGGAGGGGAGUGGGGAGGAGGGGGUAGAGGAGGGGAGUGGGGAGGAGGGGGCAGACCUGCUGCAUCUGCUGACUGCUGCUGCCUCGGGGUCGCCGGGCUUUGCUGCUGGGGUAGGGAAGGGUGCGAUGAAUGGCGUGGGGGAGAAAGGGAGAGGAGGAGCGGGUGGGAGCAUGGUGGUUCGCGGGAGUAGAGGCGUGGAGAAGGGGGUGCAGGCGAAUGGACUUGAUUGCAGGGUGAGGAAUCGAGGAACAGGUGUGGAGAACGGUGGUAUGAGAUUAGUGGGUGGGUUAGAGGGAGGGGAUGAAGGGUUGUGGGAAGGGAAGAAGAGGGGGGGGUUGGGAGUGGGGGGUAGGGAUGCUGCACCGACGGAGGAAGAAGAGGAGGCAGAGGAGGAGGACGACGAGGAGGGAGAGGAGGAUGAGGGGGAGGAGGAGGAGGAAGGGGAGGAGGCUUCACAAGAAGAGUCACGAUCAUUUGGGGAGAGAGGAAGCGAGGAUAAGUCUGUGAACAAGAGGCGACGGGGGGCAGGUGGCUUGGAUGGCGGGGUUGGGGUAGCUCCCGGGACCAUGGGGGAUGGCGAGGAGGAGGCGGAUAGGUCACAACGAGGCGAGCUGGCAGGGGACGGGGCGAAGCAGAGCGGCACAAAGAGGAAGAAGCAGGGGGAGGAGGGGCGGGUGCGCAAGGAGCAGCAGCAGCAGGAGAAGCGCGUGAGGCGCGAGGCAGAGAGGCAGGAGACGGCCCAACGCAAGAUGCAGGAGGCAGCACGACGGGCAGAGGAGAGGCGGCGGCGGGAGGAGGAGAGGGAGGAGCGGGAGAGGCACAAGGAGCAAGCGAGGGAGGCGAGGGAGAGGCAGCGCGAGGAGGAGAGGGAGGCACGGGAGCGGGAGAAGGAGCGAGAGAGGAUGGUUCGGGAGAAGAAGCGGGAGGAGGAGCGGCAGGCACGGGAGCAGAUGAAGGAGAGCAUUCAGGUGAGAAGCCUGCCUCUUGUGCGUCCUGCCCGCUCAGCUGAGCGCCACCCUCCGUGCCGCCUCCUCAUUGUCUCUGUGUCGCGUCGCCCAUCCAUUAUGUCUUGCAGCUUCCCCCUGUCAGUUGCUGAGGGUGGGGAAGCAGGACGGCAUUCACCCCUUUUGCAAGCAGCGAGGGGGAGAAGGAGACAAGUGGCGCAGGCGCUAUGCAUUCGCCCCUUUUCCACUCUGCCCUCCGCUCCUGUGUGCCUUCCUCCCCACGCACACACCUCCCGCGGUCACCCCGCCCCACCCCCAUUCCCCCGGACCCUCUGUCUCUAUUAUCCCGCCCGCCCGCCCUUCCCAAUGCAGGUGGCAAGGCGGCAGCGGAGGGAGGAGCAGAGGCGGGUGCGGGAGGUGGCGAGGGAGCGAGAGCAGGCGGAGAGGGCCAAGGCGCGGCAGGCCGCAAGGGCUGCCCUGCAGCUGGUGGACGACCGGCAGCUCGAGCUCCAGGAGAUGGGUGCUGGCAGGGAGCUGCUCGAGACUGCCGGGGCGGGUGAGUGUGAGUGUGAGUGUGAGGGGGAGAGGGAGAGGGCCAGGGCGCGGCAGGCAGCGACCGCAGCCGUGCAGCUUGUGGACGGCCGGCAGGUCGAGCUGCAGGAGGCUGACAGGGCGGGUGAGUGUGAGGGGGAGAGGGUGGAAGGGGAAGAAGGGAAGGAGGAGGAAAAUGGUAAGGGGAAGGUGGCGAGGGAAGGGCGUGGUGCAGUGGAGGGGAACGAGCUCAAGAAGCACCUACCGCCCUUCCCCCCGUCUGCGGUGCGGCGCCACCCAGUGCUGUGCGGCGCACCGUGGUCCUCCAACCCCCAAGCCGUCAGCGACCUUCUCAUGGUGUAUUCGUUCCUCACCACCUUUGCAGACACCCUCGCCCUCUGGCCCUUCUCCCUGCACCACCUCGCGCACGCCCUCCACCUCCCCGAGGCGCGCCUACUCACGGAGAUCCAUCUCUCCCUCAUGCGAGUGCUGCUCGUCGACACCGCUCCAGCCAUCGCACCACCACAACCAUCAGCAGCAGCUGCGGCACCACCAGCACCUCCAGCAGCAACUGUUCACGCACCCCCCACCAUGCAACCCCCCAUCUGCUGUGCAGCUGCAAGCCACCAUACAGCCAGCCCCAGGUCGGCUCACUCUAACCUUAACCCCACUGCUAACCCUAGCGCUGACCACUUGAACGUCCUGCGUAGACCCAACAAACAAACGAGUGGAGCCACAACCACAGAUGCAACUGCAAUUGGCGACAGGGGAGCAGAUGGAGCAGAUGGAGCAGAUGGAGCAGAUGGGGGAGCAGAUGGGGGAGCAGAUGGGGGAGCAGAUGGGGGAGCAGAUGGGGGAGCAGAUGGGGGAGCAGAUGGGGGAGCAGAUGGGGGAGCAGAUGGGGGAGCAGAUGUGGGAGCAGAUGGGGGAGCAGAUGGGGGAGCAGAUGGGGGAGCAGUGCGGACAGCGGGCGUGGCAGCAGCGGUGGCGGAGGCGAUGGCAGCAGCAGUGGGCGGGUCGGACACCGCCAGGGCGCUCGUGCUGCACUCCGCUGCUGCUGUCGUGGCUCAGGCGCGUGAGUGGGGCUUCACGCCAAGCCUGUGGCGCCCCCUCCUGGGUCCUCUCACGUGGCCCGAGGUGCUGCGCCAGUACGCCCUCUCCGCCGCCUGGGGCCCUCCGCGCCCCCCCCCUCCGCGGCGCCGCCACCGCCACUGCAGCCUUCACAGCCGUGGGUCCCGAGGGGCGGCCAUGCACGGGCAGGCCUGUGGUGCGGGCGUUGGUGCGGGCGGUGACUGCAGCAAUGAGAGUGGUGACGAGGCUGCUGACCAAGAAGCGCUCGUUGCCGACCUUGCAUCGGGCAAAGCAGCUGACGUGGCGGCACAGCGGGCGUUGGAGGAGCAGCAGGCGUGGCGGGAGGAGCAGCGGCGGCACCUGCAUGCGCAGUACCUCGCAUACCUCGCUGCUGGCGGUGGCCGCUUCAGUGACGACGACGAGGAAGGGGACGACAGCAAGCAGGGGCGACAGGCAGUGGCAAGGGUAGGGGCAGGGAGAGGAGCAGCGGCAGGGAACGCAGGAGAGGACAGCAAGGGCAUUGAUGGCGCUGCUGCUAUCGACGCGAACCCUCUCCCCCCUGCCACUGCCUCUCCUCCGCCUAAGACCCUGCCAGCCAGCAGCAGCAGCCCCCACGUGUCUGCGGUGCCGCGCAUGGUGGCACGGCUGGCGCCCGGCACCGUGAAGUUUGCGGCCUUCCACGUGCUGGCGUACGAGGGGCCAGCCGGGCUGCCCGUCACUCUCUUAGCACAGCGCAUCCAGCAGUGCGGGCUGCGGGACCUGUCUGGCAGCCGCACCCCUGAGGCUACCAUUACUGGUGCGCUGGCGAGAGACCCGCUGUUCCAGCGCGUGGCCAGCUGCACCUACUGCGUGCGCGGGGCGUACAGGCGGAGCGAGGGGGAGCGAGAGGAGGGGCUGCGGGAGGCUGUUGAGCUUGUGCAACGCGAGGCUGAGGGGAGGCGAGAGGAGGAGGAGGGGGAUGAGGGAGAGGAGGAGGGAGACGAGAGAGAGGUGGAGGGAGAGGAUGGAGAGGAUGGAAAGGAGGUGGGUGGUGAGGGUGAGAAGGAGGUGGAGGGUGAGGAGAAGGAGGUGGAGGGUGAGGAGAAGGAGGUGGAGAGUGAGGGUGUAGGUGAGGAGGAGGGUGGGGGAGGAAGGGAGGCCGCGGAAGAGGGUGGUGGGGCAGAGGAGGGAAGGCAGCAGAGUGGUGGGCAAGGGCGGGGCGAGCGCAUGGACGUGGAUGGGCCGCGUUGUGAGGGCGGUGGUGCAGGAGGUGGGGGCGGUGCAGGCAGCGAGGGCAGUGAACGCAGAGAGGGUGGUGAAUUGACUGGGCGGUGCAGGGCACCCGAGCAGAGCGGGCAGGACAGCACAGAGGAAGGCAUGGCUGUGAAUGACAUGAUGGAUGCGCGACACGUGCGCGUGACGGGCGAGGGCUUGCAGGGCGAAAUGAUGGAAGGAGGGGUGGGCACGAGCACGAAUUUCAGGGGCGAUGAAGCGGUGAGGGCGACGGUGACAGAUGCAGAGGAUGCAGGCGGCUGUGGUGCUGCAAUCGGGCCUGGUCCUGCUGACACCAUGGUGCAUGGUGAGGCGAUGCGAGGCGACGGCAGUGUGGAGGUGGGCGGCGAUGUGCGGAUGGCGUGGUGUGAGGGAGUGCGGCUGGGGGAGGAGGAGGUGCAGGCGGUGGAUGGCAUGCAGGCAGGGCGUGGGAGGGGCGAGGGAGGGGAGACGACUGGUGAUGAGAAACAGCAGCAGGGCAGGGGGGAGGAGGGUGGUGGUGCUGGUGGCAGCGGUGAUGAGAGCGAGUGGGAGUGGGAGUCUGAUGAGGAGUGUGAUGGAGAGGAGGACGCAGAGGAAGUGGAGGGUGGGGAGGGAGAGGCAGGGCAGAGGAGGGCGUGGGUGGCGGCGCUGGGAGGGGUGGAGUACAGCGAGCUCAGUGUGGAGGAGCGGGUUGACCUGCUCGUUGACCUGGUCAACGCAGUCAACGACUCCUCCACCAUCCGCGCUGCCAUCGAGGCGCGGUACGAGGUGCAGUCAUCAUACCGGCGGCAGCGGUGGGUGGAGGCGUCGCUGCACCGCAGGAAGGGCGCCUGGCGGCCCCCCGCCCUCCACCCCGCCUCCCUGCCCCUGCGCUGCCCUCCCCACGCUGCUGCGAGUCCUUCUGGUGAUGCUGCACCUGAUGCUGCUGCUACGGCAGCUGGAGGCGAUGGUGGUGCUGCUGCAGCAGGAGCGGCCGCCACGUCUUCCCCACCCACUCAAGGCGCAGCACCCGCUGGGAACCAGGCGGUGGGAGCGGUGCUGCAGGCGUCGCUCUCUCAGGCUCCCCUGCUGCUGCCGCCACCCCUGCUGGUCACACAGGGAGUGCCUCCAGAGGCAAGGGGGAGAGAUGAUGGUGGGGGGAGAGGGGAUUUGAGGGAGGAGGGGAAGCCAGUGGAGAGAGAGGAGAAAGAGGAGAGUGGAAGGAGGGUGGAGGAGGGGCAAAGAAAGAGUGAAGGAGACGAAGCAACGGUGGCGAGGAGCAGCGAGGAUAAGGGGAUAAGGGCUUCUGAGACGCCUCAAAAAGCGGAGGCGAUGGGGACAGGAAAGCAUGCGGUGAAGCAAGAAGCGAGCGUGGUGGAGGAAUGUGAGGGGCGGGUGCAUCGGGAAGGGGUAGUGGGAAGGAGGAGGGAUGGACCGGCGGCGCCAGGCGGGGUGGAGUUUGCAGAGGCGAGCUACAGCAUCCGCCACGUGCCUCUGGGCUGCGACCGCCGCGCCCACUCCUACUGGUGCUUCCACCGCCUCCCCCUCUCCGCCACCGCUGCUGCUGCUGCUGCUGCUGCUGGUGCGCUCCCUGGGCACGAGGUGUGCCGCUGGCGAGGAUAUGGGGGAAGGAAAGAAGGGGACGAUGGAAGGCGGGGAGGAGAAAGUGGUGGUAGUGAUGGUAAUGGUGGGGGAGGUGGCAGGGGAGGGGAGCAGGCGAUGGUGGGGGUGUACGUGCUGUCAACUGACGGGCAGUGGAGCGCCAUUCGAGACGCCCAGUCACUGGCGCAUCUCAAGGCGCUGCUGUACCCGCGCGGUGUGAGGGAAUCCGCGCUGCUCUCCAACCUCCGCCACCACCUCUCCUCCCUCACUCCACCGCUCUGCACCACUGCUAUACCCGCCACCACCACUGCACUGGCUGCUACCAUCACCACACCAGCUGCCACCACCAUUGCACCCCCAACAGCCUCUGCUGGUGCCCUUGAGUCGCCUCCUCCACCCCUCAUGUCGUCCGUGCCACCAGCCUCACCUCCCAUGCCACCCAACGCACCUGCCACUCCACCAGAAGCACUAGCCACCCCCUCCGAAACACCUGCCGUGCCGCCUAAACCACCCGUGGGUGACACAAAGGGGGAGGGUGCCAUGAUGGCGGCUGCACCAGCAAGCAGGGAAGCAGAUGCCACGCAACCUGUGCUCCCCCCUCCCCAUGCCCCUGCUGCCGCCACCAUCCAACCCGCCCAGGCGAAUGAAGGUGGCGCCAGGCUGGCAUGCCCACCCAUGCACACAUGUGAGCCCGUGCACACAUGUGAGCCCGUGCACACAUGUGAGCCCGUGCACACAUGUGAGCCCGUGCACACAUGUGAGCCCGUGCACAGCACUGCUCUUGCUCCACCUGCUCACACCCACCACCACCUGAGAGCCACCCCUCCUGCACCACCCCUGCCCUCACCCUCUUGCGCUUUCCUCUCCGAGGAAGCUUCCUGGCUGCUUCGAUCCAUUGGGGAUGCAGAGGCCGGGUUGUGGGGUGGCCGGGGCGGGAUUGAGUCGAUGGUGUGUGAUGGAGAGUGGUGUAGUGCGAUGGGGAGGGGAGGGGGUGUAGGAAGAGGCAGGGAACAGGAACAGAGAGGGGUAGGGAAGGAGGGAGAGCAGAGCAGGGAAUGUGGCGAGGUGGUGAGAGGCGACAGGCUGGAGGAGGAGGGGGGAGCAGCACUUUGUCGUGAUGUAACUGCUGGUGCUGAUGUGGCCGCAGCACAGCGCGCUUCCCUGGGUGCUGAUGGCAGGGAUGCAGCAGUGGCAGUAGCAGCACCAGCGGCAGCGACAGCACCAGCGGCAGCAGCAGGUGCUGCUGUGGGCUGGGCAGGGUCAAAUGCGGUGGUGGCAUGUGGGGAGUGCAAACGUGUGGCAGAGGAAGGCACAGCAGGUGCAGCGAGUGGAGCAGCAGGAGUAGAGGGGGCAGGCAGGGAGGAGGGCUGUGGGGUGGCCAUCCCCCCCCGUGUGCGGCGCCUCCAACACUCCCUGCUGGCUGCCCAGGAGGCAUUGGAGGCGGGGGGCAAGCUGGCGGUGGAGUGGACGGGGGAGAGAAGGCGCAGGUGGCGUGCAGCGGUGCACAUGGCGUGGCAUGCUGCACACCUGCUGCAGCGCCCUUUCUCUACCUACUGGUCCAUCUGUCUCUACCUACUGGUCCAUCUGUCUCUACCUACUGGUCCAUCUGUCUCUACCUACUGGUCCAUCUGUCUCUACCUACUGGUCCAUCUGUCUCUACCUACUGGUGUCCAUCUGUCUCUACCUACUGGUCCAUCUGUCUCUACCUACUGGUCCAUCUGUCUCUACCUACUGGUCCAUCUGUCUCUACCUACUGGUCCAUCUGUCUCUACCUACUGGUCCAUCUGUCUCUACCUACUGGUCCAUCUGUCUCUACCUACUGGUCCAUCUGUCUCUACCUACUGGUCCAUCUGUCUCUACCUACUGGUCCAUCUGUCUCUACCUACUGGUCCAUCUGUCUCUACCUACUGGUCCAUCUGUCUCUACCUACUGGUCCAUCUGUCUCUACCUACUGGUCCAUCUGUCUCUACCUACUGGUCCAUCUGUCUCUACCUACUGGUCCAUCUGUCUCUACCUACUGGUCCAUCUGUCUCUACCUACUGGUCCAUCUGUCUCUACCUACUGGUCCAUCUGUCUCUACCUACUGGUCCAGUCCAUCUGUCUCUACCUACUGGUCCAUCUGUCUCUACCUACUGGUCCAUCUGUCUCUACCUACUGGUCCAUCUGUCUCUACCUACUGGUCCAUCUGUCUCUACCUACUGGUCCAUCUGUCUCUACCUACUGGUCCAUCUGUCUCUACCUACUGGUCCAUCUGUCUCUACCUACUGGUCCAUCUGUCUCUACCUACUGGUCCAUCUGUCUCUACCUACUGGUCCAUCUGUCUCUACCUACUGGUCCAUCUGUCUCUACCUACUGGUCCAUCUGUCUCUACCUACUGGUCCAUCUGUCUCUACCUACUGGUCCAUCUGUCUCUACCUACUGGUCCAUCUGUCUCUACCUACUGGUCCAUCUGUCUCUACCUACUGGUCCAUCUGUCUCUACCUACUGGUCCAUCUGUCUCUACCUACUGGUCCAUCUGUCUCUACCUACUGGUCCAUCUGUCUCUACCUACUGGUCCAUCUGUCUCUACCUACUGGUCCAUCUGUCUCUACCUACUGGUCCAUCUGUCUCUACCUACUGGUCCAUCUGUCUCUACCUACUGGUCCAUCUGUCUCUACCUACUGGUCCAUCUGUCUCUACCUACUGGUCCAUCUGUCUCUACCUACUGGUCCAUCUGUCUCUACCUACUGGUCCAUCUGUCUCUACCUACUGGUCCAUCUGUCUCUACCUACUGGUCCAUCUGUCUCUACCUACUGGUCCAUCUGUCUCUACCUACUGGUCCAUCUGUCUCUACCUACUGGUCCAUCUGUCUCUACCUACUGGUCCAUCUGUCUCUACCUACUGGUCCAUCUGUCUCUACCUACUGGUCCAUCUGUCUCUACCUACUGGUCCAUCCGUCUCUACCUACUGGUCCAUCUGUCUCUGCCUACUGGUCCAUCUGUCUCUGCCUACUGGUCCAUCUGUCUCUGCCUACUGGUCCAUCUGUCUCUGCCUACUGGUCCAUCUGUCUCUGCCUACUGGUCCAUCUGUCUCUACCUACUGGUCCAUCUUUCUCUACCUACUGGUCCAUCUUUCUCUACCUACUGGUCCAUCUGUCUCUCCCUGCGCACGUCAUCACGUGCCUCUUGCCCCUGCUCCGUUUCCCCACUUCCCAUAGCUCCUCCCAGCCUCGACUGCCCCUGGAACACCCUUGGUUUCAACCACCCUUUCGCCAGGCCUCCCUCACUCACCCCACACCAGUCACCACACACCCCACCCGGAACGAACAUCCCACUCUCCAAACAUUCCCUUCCCCACCCUCUUGCUGUCCCUUUCCUUCUUCCCCCCCUCUUUCUGCAGCUGCUGUGCCAGCUGGAGGCCGCCAUCCCCCCCACCUUCAUCCACGGCUCCUUCAGCCCCGCGCCAAAUGUCGCCCUACGAUUGGCUCUCAGGAUGCGAGGGAGUCGAGGUGAGCCCGCAGCUCAAGCUGGAAGGAGCGGAGGGGAGAGGGGUAAAGACGGGGACGAGAGGGGGAGUGGAGGAGAGAGCGGGAGGGAGGAGGGAGAGCGGGGUGAAGGCGGGACGGGGUGUGGUGAGGAGGCCAGGCAGGCGGGUGGUGCUGCUGGCGAGGUGGGGGAGAGGAGGAGCGGACAUGAGGGAAGGUGCUCGGCAGAGGAGGCAGUUGCUGUUGCUGUUCCAGACAGGGGGCAGAGCAUUGCUGGUGCAGGCGGUGGGAUGGAGGAGGGCAAAUCCACAAGAGAGGGUCAGACGGACGUGGGUGAGGAGGGGAGGCAAGGGGGGAACGGCAGAGAAAGAGGUGGGAGGGAUGGCGAGCAGGCUGUAGCAGGGGGGUGGACACGGGCCCUUCCUUCCCUUGUUGCCAUGCCGCUGCCCACUGUGCCCCUCACGUGCGCUGCUGUCGCUCUGCGAUUGGCCGCCCUGGAGGCAGCUGUCCUGGGGGAUAGGCGAGGAGCUGGGGGGAGUGCGGGGACUUGGAAAGGGAAUGGUAGAGGGGUUGACGCAGGGCGUGGCGGGGAGUUGGGAUGGUGGGUGCCUGAUGAAGCAAGGCGACUGGAGGGGGUGUGGUGGGAGCAGGUGGAGGGGGCGAGGAGAGAGGAGGCAGUUGAAGGGAUGGUGGACUGGGCGGAGUGGGAGGCGAGGGAGGUGGUGCGGCGCACGCAGGACAGGGAGCGGGCGAAAGGGAAGGAGGAGAGGGAGAAGAGGGAGGGGAAGGUGAAGGAGAAAGGGAGAGGGAGAAUGCGAGAGGAAGGAAGAGUGAAGGGCGGGAGGGGUAAGAAGGGGGGAUGGGGUAGAGGGGUCGGUGAAGGGGGGGCGGGCAGAGGAUUGUGUAGGACGGGGCGGAAUGAGAAUGAGCGCUUGCAAAGACUGAAGAAGAAAGGUGGGGUGAAGGUGCGUGCAGGGAAGAGAAAAUGGAAGGAGGUGGUUGAGGAAGCAGAGGAGGAGGAGGAAGACGAGGAAGAGGAGGAUUUGCAGGUGAAGCUUCGAGUGCGAACGAAGGGGCUGCGACGACACGUGAAGAAGAGACGAAUGGGUGCUGACGAAGGGGGUGUGAAGGACGAGACUGGCACACAAGGCACAGAGGAGGGGCAGGAGGUGAAGCAGGGGAAGGUGAAGAAGAGGGAUGUGAAGAGAGAAAGCAGAGAUGCGGGAGUGAGGCACGGAGUGAAGACAGAGGAGGGAGAGGAGGGGGUGAAGCCGCAGAUGGUAUCAACGGGAGCGAGGGCGGCCCGCAUGAGUGGCAGGGCAAGCAGGCGCGUGCAGCGGCCGCUGUCGGCCCGUGGCAGAGGUGCCGUGCGGCGUGUGGGACGGGAGCAGGAGGCGGAGGUGGAGGAGGGGGAGGGGGUGAAGGAGGAGGAGGACGGGGAGGAGGAUGAGGGGGAGGGGAUGAGGGAGGAGGGGCAGCAGCAGCGGGGGCAGCAGAAGGGCAGAGCGUCAAUGUCUCGACAGAAGCAGGCGAGCAAGGAGGAAGGCAGCGCAGCAGCAGCCACUUUGCGACUGCGGGCGUCCAUCAACCCACCCGCACCUGCACUUUGCUUCACACGUGCCAAGCCCCCUUGGUUCAUGAGGGCAGCCGGUGCCGCUGGUGGCGGCAGUGGGAGGCGCAGCGCUGCAGCGGUGGUUCAGUCUGGUGUUGAGUCGCACUCGCGCUCUCAACUUAGUGACCAUGCUGACCUCGGUGGUGGUGCUGCUGCUCCUGCUGCCAAUGGCACAGGCUCGGCUCACAGCCACGAGGACAGUGAGGAGAGCCGUGGCAGCGACGACAGGGACAAGGGCAGUCAGAGCAGCAGCAGUGAGGAAGGCGGUGGUGAGGGGCAUCACAGUCCUGCACGCCCGCCGUCGCCAGCAGCAGUGAGUGCUCCCUCUCCUUCCCGCCCGCCACCGCGCAAGCGACCGCGCUCCCACCUCCCUGCACAUGCACAUGCCCUGUCUGCCCGAGGCUCUGCCGCUGCCGCUGCUACUGUGGAGGGAGGCAACGCGUGGUUGGAAGCAGGUGGAGAUGGGAAGAGGGUGGGUGGUGGUCGGAGCAGGAGGCAGGUGAAGCAGGGGAAGCAGGAGAAGGAAGAGAAGGAAGAGGAGGAGGAGGGGGAGAUGGAAGGGCGAGGUGGGGAGGAAGGGUUGGCAGGGAGAAGGACAACACGCAGGCAGGAGAGUUGGGGCAAUGGAACAGUGGAAGCUGAGCUACCGCAGAGAGGGAAGAAGGGGAGAGAGGGAGGGGCUAAGGCAGGUGGGGAGAAACGGAGAGGGGGAGGUGGAGGGGCGGGCACUGGUGGGGCGGGAGGAGAGGAUGAGAAGCAGGAGGAGCGGAGAGUUGAGACGGGAAGGCCGCGGAGAGAAGCGAGUUUGCGAGCCAGGAAGGCACAGGAAGAGAUGCUGCUGCGGGAGAGGGGCGGAGGGAUGGAGGGCGUGGAGGAGGAGAGGACAGGGAGAGGCGCAGUGAGAGGAGCGCGACGGAAUGCCACUAUUACUGGAGUGGAGAGGAAGGGGAAGGACAAGGGUGAGAGGAGCGUGGGGGGACGGGGCGGUGGGAGAGGCAGAGGCGAGGCAAGCGCAGCAGCAACGGCGGCAGGCGGCGAGGAGGGCAGCAAGCAAGCAUUCAACACGAGAGCGGCACGAGCAGCAGCGGGUGGCAGCGGUGGUGGCGGUGGGAGUGGAGAGCGCAGCAGGCGGGGUGUGAGGGGUGUGAGGCAUGGCAUGGGUGGUGGAGAGGCAGGGGACGCACACCCUCUUGCCUCGCCUCAAGCACCCGCUUCUCCACCACCAACACACUCCCCUCAACCUUCCCACUCCCCUCGACCCGACUCCCCGCCAGCGAUUCUUUCAGGCUCGAGCAGUGAUGGCACGGGACAGGGUUGGGAGGACGAGAGGGGGGAUGGGGAGGAGACGGCAGGGCGGCAGCAUGAGGAACAGCAGGAGAGGACGGUGAAGCCAGUGCAGUCAGGCAGUGAGGACUCGUCAUACUACCUGGGGUCGCCGCUGCGCCUGGACGCCCCUCAGUGGCCGGCCUACCUUGACCCUUCCUCUGCUGACUCUGCUCCUCGCUUUCCCCCCUCUCACUGA